AUGGACAUGAUUUUCCUCUUGCUCGAAGACUAUCUCACUGCUAUGAAGACACCGAUUGCCGUUGUUGGGACCGCUUGUCGAUUCCCAGGUCAGGUAGCCUCACCUUCGCAACUCUGGAAGUUGUUGUCCAACCCGAAGGAUGUUCUCGGAGAUCUAGAUCCCAAACGGUUGAAGUUGUCCAGCUUCCACCAUGAAAAUGGCGGGCAUCAUGGUGCGACAGAUGUACCAAACAAGUCCUAUUUACUAGGCGAUGAUGUCGAUCGCUUCGAUGCUGCCUUUUUCAACAUCAGUGCGGCGGAGGCAGAGGCGAUGGAUCCACAACAGCGCAUCUUGCUAGAGACGACAUAUGAGGCGCUCGAGGCUGCGGGAUAUACAUUAGAACAGAUGCGCGGUUCUUUCACAGCCGUGUUUGUUGGUGCUAUGACCUCGGAUUAUCACGACAUUCAAGCUCGUGAUUUGGACACAAUCAGUCGAUGGCAUGCAACAGGAACGUCACCAAGCGUUCUCUCAAAUCGCAUCUCAUACUUCUUUGACUUGAAAGGGCCAUCAAUGACUAUCAACACUGCAUGUUCCAGCUCACUAGUGGCGUUGCACCAGGCAGUCCAGAGUUUGCGCACCGGCGAUUGUACCACCGCGAUUGUUGGCGGCGUCAAUCUCCUGCUGGACCCUGAAAUCUACAUUAGUCAUUCGCACCUACAUAUGCUGUCCCCAACAUCAAGAUGUCGCAUGUGGGACAAGGAUGCUGACGGUUAUGCCCGAGGCGAAGGGUGCGCUUCUGUUGUGAUCAAGACCUUGGAUCAGGCCCUGAAAGACGGCGACGAUAUAGAAUGCAUUAUUCGAGAGACUGCUGUCAACUCGGACGGGAGAUCGGCGGGAAUUACGAUGCCCAGCGCAGAGGCACAGGCGGCAUUAAUCCGCGAGACCUACGAACGGAGUGGUCUGGAUCCCGUGCGUGACAGAUGCCAGUUUUUUGAAUGCCAUGGGACUGGAACACAAGCUGGAGAUCCCGUCGAGGCACGGGCAAUCCAGGAGACUUUCUACCCCAAAGAUGUCGUUUUUAGCCCUGACGACAAGCUCUAUGUGGGCAGUAUCAAGACACUCAUCGGCCACCUAGAAGGUUGUGCAGGUCUAGCCGGCCUUAUGAAGGCAAUGCUAUGCAUCAAGAACCGGACUAUCACGCCAAACAUGCUUUUCGACAAUCUCAAUCCUCAGAUCACUCCAUUUUAUGAUUAUCUAAGAGUUCCAACAAACGCUGUGCCAUGGCCACCAGUUGCCAAUGGCUGCCCCUUGAGGGCAAGCGUGAAUUCCUUUGGUUUUGGAGGAACCAAUGCCCAUGCCAUCAUUGAGAGCUAUGCAACCUCUCAGUCAAAAGUUAAUGUCGAUUGUUGUCAAGACUCGUUCGGUGGCCCAUUCACCUUCUCUGCACACACUCCAGAGUCCCUUUAUGACACUAUUAAGCAAACAGCUCGAUAUGUGAGAAGUAGCGAGCAAGUAGAUCUCUGCAACUUAGCCUGGACCUUGUCAAAAAGGACAGUACUACCAUUUAAGCUCACUAUCGCUGCCUUAGGCAGAGAAGAGCUUCUCGAAAAUAUGGACGAGGCCAUUGAGGAGUACAACUCUAGCAAAACGUGCAAGGAAGGCCAACUACCACGGAAGCACCCACACGAGCCACUGAGUAUUAUGGGAGUUUUCACUGGACAAGGCGCACAAUGGGCUGGAAUGGGUCGGGAGCUCCUCGCUGCCUGUCCCAUCUUUCGCAAGUCUAUCGAGCGGUGUGAGCGUGCACUGGCAAAUCUCCAUGACGGGCCCUCGUGGUCAUUGCAGGCCGAGCUUUUAGCAGACAAAUCCUCAUCAAAUCUCUCUAGCCCUGCAAUAAGUCAGCCAGUAACAACCGCAAUUGAAAUAGCCAUCUAUGACCUGUUAUGUGCAUCUGGGCUCAAUGUUGAUGUGGUUGUGGGCCAUUCGUCCGGCGAGAUAGUGGCCGCCUAUGCUCUCGACAUGCUUUCAGCAGAGGAUUGCAUGAAAAUCGCAUAUUACCGGGGGCUACACGCUAAACCGAAUAAAUCAGGCGGCAUGCUCGCCGUUGGCCUUUCCUAUGAUGAUGCCAAUGAAUUGUGCUCUCGGCCGUCGUUUUCUGGAAGAAUCGUGGUAGCAGCGAGCAAUGGACCUACGAGCACAACACUAUCGGGCGAUUACGAUGCGAUUCUUGAGGCCAAGACACUUCUUGACCGGCUAGGAGGGGCUGUACAUGGAUCUCAAGUGUAA